AGUAGGUAUGAUAAAAGAAUACUAACCUAAAAUAUUUUCGAAGGAUUAAUUUAGAGUCAGAUAUAAAGAUUUGGAAGAAAUAUAUAAUGAAGAAAUGUCACCAACUUAAAUUGAAUUAGGUUAUGAUGAUGAAUUAUAACAAGUAUCAGAAUAGAUAAUAAGUAGACAGUAGUAGUCAAACACAUUUUUAAAGAACAAUUAUUGAAUGAUAUAUAAAGAAAAUAAGCUUUGAUGGAAUGUAAAGUACAUUCUUAAAUUAAAAAUGAUCAAUUAGUGGCAUUAUUUGAUUGUUUUCAAAAUGAAGAAGAAUAUACAUUAAUUUUAGAAUACAUGAAUAAUGCUAACUAUUUUAGGGAUAAAAUUGAAACUGUAAUAAUAUUCAUAUAAUAAUAUAUAGGAACUUAAGAUCAUAUCAACAGAGGCAAAAAUGAAGUCUUACAUGUCAGAUGUAUUGUAAGGAUUAGACUACCUGCAUACGCAAGGUAUUCUACCGAUUCUUGGCUAGGAUAUAUUCAUUGUGACAUUAAAUUAGAGAAUCUGUUUUGUGAAAAAUUGGAGGAUCAAGUGUUUAGAAAUGUAUUUGACUUUUUUAAUUAGGUAAAAUUAGGAGAUUUAGGAUUGGUGCAUGUAUAUGAUUUAAAUACAGGACAAGGUUUGAUGCCAGUGAAGUGUGGAACAACCAAUUACAUUGCACCAGAAAUAACAAAUAAUGCUAUUGUGACACCAAAAAUAGAUAUUUGGUCUCUUGGAAUAAUAUUGUAUACAAUGAGUUGUGGUUAUAAACCUACACAAAUUCAAGGGUCGUUCAAUCUAUUAUUAUUUUUCUAGAUACAAGUAUACAUAAGGUCCCAUACCCUUUAGAAAGUUUGAUUGGAAAAAGAGAUCAAAAGAAUUAUAAAACAUAAUAACUUUGAUGCUAGAUAUGGAUCCAAAUAAAAGACCAUCAUGC